UUGAAAUUAAAAACGCCCAUCCGAGUGACCAUUCCCCCAUAUACCACGUAUAGCUACAAGGCAAGGGCGGCGGCGACGUCUGAGGCGAUUUCGAGUGGUGGUCCUAUAAAGGCUGUGGGUGAGUGCCUGGUCAGUCGCUUCGAACGCCUAGCAGAGAACGGACAAGAGCAAGAACAGCAAUAUCAGCAGCAGGAACAACAGCAGCACCAUCAUGACAAUGACGAACCCACCGCAACGACGGCAACAACAACAACAGCACCAACAGCAUUACCAACAAUACCAAAACCUCAAGCAACAGCAACAACAUCUACUAAACCAAAUAAAAAUACCAAAUCAUCUUCACUUCAGCUGGCAGGAACACAGCGAAACACUUGGUGGCGAGUUUUUAUUAUUCUCGCCUGGCUAUUCAUUACCAAUGCCCCGGAGGUCAAUGCUGGUGUCAAAUCGGUGUCAUCGGUAACAUUAUCCAACUCCACGCAACUUCUUGUAGCAGCUACAGCAACAACACUAACACAAUCUAACAUCAACAACUACAACAAUGUAUUAACAUCUGCCCCCCGGCAAAGUUAUGGAGUCCAUGUUCGACUGCACAAGCGUAACAAUGAAGUCAUUUAUGCACCAAGUGAUGAAAUCGUCCCUACCACCACCCCCUACCCCAACGGCAUUCAUUUCCAUCUCACCACAUUGCCACCAUCUUCAACACUUUCCACGAACACCAAUCCAUCGUCAUUUAACGGUAGCAGCACCAACUCCUCCUCAACCAUUGAUGAAGGCGAAGUCCCCCAAAUUCCGGCUUACAUUCGCACCACAGCCAUGUUCUUCUGCAUUGUCAUCAUGCUAAUGGGUGUGAUUGGAAAUGUUAUGGUGCCCAUUGUCAUAAUACGAACAAAGGAUAUGCGAAACUCCACCAAUAUAUUCCUUACCAACCUCAGCAUAGCCGAUCUCCUAGUUCUCUUGGUCUGCACUCCAACUGUAUUGGUCGAAUUGAAUACGAAACCGGAAACAUGGAUUUUGGGUCAUGAAAUGUGCAAAGCCGUUCCAUUCAUAGAACUGACUGUGGCCCAUGCAUCUGUUCUCACCAUCUUGGCCAUUUCGUUCGAACGUUACUAUGCCAUCUGUGAACCAUUGAAGGCGGGGUAUGUUUGCACCAAGGCGCGAGCGAUUUUAAUCUGUUCGCUGGCCUGGGGUAUUGCCGCAUUGUUUACGAGUCCGAUAUUGUGGAUGGCUGAAUAUAAAUUUGCCGAUUACAUAGAUGGAUCUUCGGUGCCGGUGUGUCUGACACAAGCUCUAACCAUUUGGACCCUGGGAUUUUUCCUUAUGAUCACCGCCGUCUUCUUCGUCUUUCCGCUGUUCAUUCUGAUUGUCUUGUACGGUAUUAUUGCGAAAAAUCUAAUUUCCGAUACGGGACCGAUGAUGCGUAUACGACCCAUAAAACCAGAGCUGAGUCUGAAGGCCCGCAAGCAAGUUGUCCUUAUGUUGGGAGCUGUUGUGGUAUCCUUUUUCCUUUGCCUGCUGCCCUUUCGUCUGUUAACUCUGGGUAUCAUUUUGGCCCCGGACAAAGUACACGAUUUGGGUUUGGAGCGUUACUAUAAUGUACUCUACUUCAGCCGUAUUAUGCUAUACCUGAAUUCAGCCAUAAAUCCCAUACUCUACAAUCUGAUGUCGACGAAAUUCCGCAAGGGAUUUUACAAAUUGAUUUUCACCCUAUGGAUGGCUGUGCUGGCGGCCCUCACCUGUGGCCAUUGCGAACGAUGUGGCGUCAAGAGGAAAGGUCCCCAUGGUUUGGUCACAACCACAACAACUAGCUCUAACACCAACACCACCACCAAUACCUCGUCCAGUAUUCUAUCGCGCAGCUCAAAUCGCCGCUCAAGUGAUGAAGUCUACAACCGUACCCGUGUCCAGAUACAAAUGCAGAUGCCCUAUGGGAGCGAUUGCGAAAUGGUUGCCAUGCUGCACAACACCAACACAGAUUGUCGAGCAGCUGUUGUGGUUGCAGCAAGUUUGCCGGGUCUCAGUGGCAAAUAUGGUCCAAUGAAAUGCCAUGGAAACCAAAGACGCUGUUCCACAUCCUCCUCGUCGUCGCUGCAAACCAAUGCCCAGCAUCGACACGUCAUCUGUGGUCCCAGUAGUCGCCUGAGGACCAGGCAAAUAAGUUUCGAAGAAGAUGCCAAUGUUGAUGCUAAUGCUAAGAAUUUUAUACGGGCCGAACAAUUUUUAUUGGAAUACAUAAAUGAGAGCAUAAUUUGGAUCUGGAAGCAAUUAUUGCAGAUUGCCCUUGCAACUGGCCCCAAACAAAUGUGCUUCUUAACUAUUAUUCUUGACGAAAGAAGCCCGAUUAUUUUUAUAGCCCAAUAUCGUUUGGAAACCUACUACGAUGGCAGUGUUGAGGCCGUAUGCUUUACAGCGGCCGAUACAUUUUGGAGUGCCUUCUAUUUCAUUGGCAGUAUUACGAUCUUCUUUUUAAUACCCUUUGCAAUUUUGGUUCUGCUUUACACAGCCAUAGCUUAUAAAUUGCUGCGGCGACAUUCCGAAUUUCAGCGGCCAACUUCCCCACAAUCACAUCCACCAUUGUCACCUUCAGGUAUAAAUAACACGCCAUCCUCCAGCCAGCACCUUGCCCACCGACGCGGUACCACCACCAAUGUCAACAGCCAUCCCCAAAACAAUAAUUUGCGCAAACAUCGCCAGCAAGUCAUCUUCAUGCUCGUGGCUGUGGUUGCCAGUUUCUUCAUUUGCCUGUUACCCUUUCGGGCAUUCACAAUAUGGAUCAUUGCUAGUCCGCCAAAAGACGUGAUCGCCCUGGGUCUGGAGGGCUACUAUAAUGUCUUGUAUUUUUGUCGAAUUAUGUUGUAUCUGAACUCUGCCCUCAAUCCCAUCCUCUACAAUUUAAUGUCAUCCAAAUUUCGUACUGGUUUCUGGCGCCUUCUACUAUCCUGUUGCAGCAGCCACAAGCGGAAAAGAGGACUUUGUAAUCGACACAUCACCACAUACACCAAACGUGACGCCAACAAUAUGGCCAACAGCCACAGCUUGCGGUCUAGGCGUCCCUUUAGAAGAGAGGCAACCUUUCUAGUUAAUUCGAUAUCGACGUCAUCCGGCACCGAACGUACAUCAAUAACAUGGCGCAGUGCGUCCACAUCCACUUCAACGACCGGAAAUAGUGGCAAACCACCCCCGCUGCCAGAGUCGCAUUCAUUGGCAGCAGCCAUAACGGAUAUGAGCACCACUGCCGUUCUGACCACAUUGUAUUUUAAUUGAUAAAAAAAUAUUUAACCCAAAAAACAUAAAAAUAUAUGUAUAAUAACAGAUUGCUUCCAAUAUAAGUAUACAAACAGAAUUAAAUGCAUAUGCAUGCCCUAAAAUUAUAUAAAAGAAAAAUAUGGUUAGGAUAUAAUUAAUUACCUGUGUAUAAUAAAAUGUGAAAAAGGAUGUCUCCAGAUCUGUGUCUUAAUAUGGAUAAGUGUGGGGUAAGUAUUAAAAGUUCAUUGUCAAAAAUAGUCCUCUUGUCCGUCCUUAUAUAGUCUGGAUCAUUAACAUCUCUUCCACUUUUCUUUGUCUAA